AAACACAGCCAGUGGCGGGCGUGGUUGUUGUGAAGUUCCUUGGGAAGAAAAAGCGUCCGGAGUUCUUCCAGUGGUAGUAGAACUGGCUUUAGGGAACGGUCUCUGGCCCUGGAGAUAGAUACUCUUAAAUCCAACCCUUGACCUGGUCAUCCCCCGCAGCGAGGAUGCUCCUGGGAUUUCGGAGAUCCCGCAGGAGCCAGUUCAGACACAUCGUCCAUGGCCUCCUGCCUGCAGCCAGCAUUGCUCCGAAGCCAGCUGUGCCUCGAACACCUCCUCCCCGAAGCCCCAGCCCAUCCUCAGAGAGACCCAGGUCGGCGCUUGCCGCGGCCAUUUUGGCGACGACGCUGACUGGAAGGACCGUCGCCAUCCCCCAGCCUCGCCAGAGGUCGCGGUCUGAGAGUGACGCUUCCUGCGCCGAGAAGGACAGCCUCAUCGAACCCUACGCCACCGCCUCCCAGCCGCGGCUUCGGCCAAGUUGGCAGAGUGGAGCAGGAAGGAGACAUUCUUUAUCAUCCUUUGAAGCGCUAGGCUAUGGGGAAGAAGAUGAUGCUGAAACACAGGAGUCGUCCAGUGAGGAGGAGACGGGGGAUGGCAGCACCCAGAAGGAAAGAGGCGGCCACAGGGUUGCUGCGUACACCGUGCCACACAAAAGCCUGGUGCUCAUCAUGGCAGUGGAGGGGAGAGUUCCAUUCCAACAGUGGAAUCAGGUGCCAUUGUCACAUGAAGUGGACAGAGGAGAUGAUGAAAAUAUUUCUGAGCAAGAUGGGUUUCCAGGCUCGUCAUCUCUUAUACCUCCACCUACGCAACAAAAAGAUGAUAAAUACUCUGUUCUGAAUUUAAAGGGUGAAAGAACUCUGUUAUGUGAGAAGCCGCCUCCCUCCCCAGAUGUAACUGGCAGAAUACGUCAGAGAUGUAUAGAAAUAACCAAAGAAAAGUUUGAGGAGUUAAAAGAAGACAAUUUGCACCUACACAAUGCAAAUCAAGCUCUUAUACUUGAACUAAAUGUAAUAAAACAAGCAAUGAAAAAAUUACAGUUAAAACUUAAAAGGAUGGGAAAAGACAACGGAAGGCUGAAAGAGGUUGAGAAAGCAUCCUCUCAGGAAGGUGGGGGAGUUGCUGUACCUGAAUUACUUUAUCUGAGGAAACAAGCCCAAGAGCUGGUGGAUGAGAAUGAUGGCUUGAAAAUGACCGUCCAUCGUUUGAAUGUAGAACUGAGUCGCUACCAAACAAAAUUUAGGCAUUUGUCCGAGGAAGAGAGUUUACAUAUUGAAGGCCUCCCAUCAAAGGGCCCUAUACCACCCUGGUUGUUGGAUGUAAAGUACCUUUCCCCAUUGCUGCUGGCUUAUGAAGACAGAAUGAAAGAGAAGGACGAACUCAAUGCCACCCUUGAGGAGGAAAUGAGAAUGUUUAGGAUACGAGUCCAAGAAGUGGUGAAAGAAAAUGAAGAAUUGCACCAGGAAUUAAAUAAGAGUAGUCCUGUUACCAGAGAGGAAUGGCAUCAGCUUCAGACUCAAGCAAAACUAGUUUUAGAGGAAAACAAGUUGUUGCUAGAGCAGCUGGAGAUUCAGCAAAGGAAAGCCAAGGACACCCAGCAGGAGCAUCUCCAAGAGGAGGAGCAGCUGGAGAGUUUUCGUGCCAAAUGCCAAGAACUCAAAACGGACCUGGAUGGCAAGAUUGCCAUGAAAGUUCACGCUUCCAUUGUAAACGAAUUGAAAGGCCAGCUGCGGAAGGAGGAAGAGAAAGAGAGUGAGGAGAUGGAGGAGCUGGUAGAGAAGCUGGCGCUCCUGCAAGUGCAGAGAAAGAGCCUGAUGGUGCGGAACAAAGCCCUGGAGGUGGAGCUCGGAAGGAUGCAGAAGAUAAACAGGAGAUAUAAAAAAAAAAUUGAUGUCCUCAAAAAGCAAGUGGAAAAAGCCACGGGGAACGAAAUGUCUGCUCACCAGUACCUGGCAAACCUUGUUGGCCUGGCAGAGAACGUGACACAGGAACGAGACAGUCUUAUGUAUUUGGCUAAAUGUUUAGAAAGUGAGAAAAAUGGAGCCCUCAACAAGAUCCUAAAAGGCAAUAUUCGCUUGGGAAAGUUAGAGGAGAAAAUCAAGGGAUACAGGAAGCAGACUUCACAGAAGCUGGGCAACAUCAGCUACCGUCUGCUGGAGCAGCAGGAGGACUUCGCUGGCAAGACAGCUCGCUACCAGCAGGAGAUGAGGCACUUACACCGGAUGCUGCAGGACAAGCAGGAGGUGCUGGACGAGGCCCUGCAGAAGAGGAGCCUCCUGGAACUGGUAGGAGGAAAGAUGGGGGAGGAGAUGAGCCCCAGAAAACGCAAGGAGGAUGAGAGGUCGGUCCAGAGUAAUGAACCCAAGACCACAAGUCUCCAGAAAGAGGUGGGCCUGUUCAGUGGCAUCUGCAUCAUCGUGGGCACCAUCAUCGGCUCUGGGAUCUUCAUUUCCCCCAAGUCUGUGCUCAGCAACACAGGAACCGUGGGGCCCUGUCUCAUCAUAUGGGCAGCCUGUGGAGUCCUCGCCACACUGGGUGCUCUGUGCUUUGCAGAGCUUGGCACCAUGAUCACCAAGUCAGGGGGUGAGUACCCGUACCUGAUGCAGGCCUUUGGGCCCAUCCCUGCCUACCUCUUCUCCUGGACCAGCAUGGUGGUCAUGAAGCCCUCAUCCUUCGCCAUCAUCUGCCUCAGCUUUUCGGAGUACGUGUGUGCAGCCUUCUACUUGGGCUGCCAACCUCCCGAAGUGGUCAUUAAAUGCCUUGCCGCCGCCGCCAUCCUGGUCAUCACCACAGUGAACGCUCUGAGUGUGCGGCUGGGGAGCUACGUCCAGAACGUCUUCACUGCGGCCAAGAUGGUGAUUGUGGUCAUCAUCAUCGUCAGCGGCCUGGUCCUCCUGGCCCAAGGAAACACAACAAAUUUUGAGAACGCCUUUGUGGGUACACCAGCAUCUGUGGGCGGCAUCAGCCUGGCGUUUUACAAUGGACUCUGGGCGUACGAUGGAUGGAAUCAACUCAAUUACAUCACAGAAGAACUCAGAAAUCCUUACAGAAACCUGCCCCUGGCUAUUAUCAUCGGGAUCCCUCUGGUGACAGUGUGCUACAUUCUCAUGAACAUCUCCUACUUCACCGUGAUGACCCCAACGGAACUCCUGCAGUCCCCAGCAGUGGCCGUGACCUUUGGUGACCGCGUUCUCUAUCCAGCCUCUUGGGUCGUCCCACUGUUUGUGGCGUUUUCCACCCUUGGAGCUGCUAACGGGUGCUGUUUUACUGCGGGCAGACUCAUUUACGUCGCAGGCCGAGAAGGGCACAUGCUAAAGGUGCUUUCUUACAUCAGUGUCAGGCGCCUCACGCCCGCCCCUGCCAUCAUCUUCCAUGGCCUAAUAGCAAUGAUUUAUAUCAUCCCUGGUGACAUAAACACCUUGGUCAAUUAUUUCAGUUUUGCUACAUGGUUAUUUUAUGGGAUGACGAUUAUAGGACUUGUUGUGAUGAGGUUUACGAAGAAAAACCAGGAAAGGCCUAUCAAGGUGCCUAUUUUCAUCCCCGUCUUGGUGAUUCUCCUAUCUGUGUUUUUGGUUCUGGCGCCGAUCAUCAGCAAGCCUGCCUGGGAAUAUCUCUACUGUGUGUUGUUUAUACUGAGCGGCCUUAUAUUUUACUUCCUUUUUGUCUACUGCAAGUUUGGAUGGGCUCAGAAAAUCUCAAAGCCAGUUACCAUGUACCUACAGAUGCUGAUGGAAAUCGUCCCACCGGAGAAAGAUCUGGAUUAACAAAUGCAUCUCUUGUAGCUCAGUCAAAGCUGUGAUGAAUUUAUUUUUGUCAACUGGAACAAAGUUAGAUUGAAGAAAUGUCCCAGCAACUUGCUAUGAAGAUACACACAGAGCAAAAUGAUGGGUUGGGCGGCCCCAAGCUCCUGUCCCUCUCAGAAAUGUCAGAAUACAACCAGAUGAGGCCUAAUUGGAGGCACUAUGCGAAACAGCUGAAAGUGUGCUGCAAUCAAGAAAUGCCCAAUCAAGGGAAUGGUUUACAGCAAUUAAAAAUGCUGUGCUUCACAACGGCAGGACAGUUCUGCGGCAUGAACUGCCCUCGCCCUACCUCCUCCUCAGCUUGGUCUUGUCCUGAGCUGGAAGCAGCCUAGUUUCUGCCCCACUCAAACUGGAGAGAGCAGAGCAGAUUUCACUGGUGAGUUACUGUGUGCGUCUGGUCCCAUCUGCCCAGGGGACACCUGGGGGACCGUGCAAGGUGCUGGUCUCUGUGUCCCAGGCAAGAAAAGUGGUGCACAUGCUCCUAAAAACUCCAAGGCACGACAGACCCACUGAUGCCAAGGCCAGUGAUGACAGGUGGGGACACAAGACCGACCUCUGGGGCCUGGAGGAAAAGCUGGAGGUCAAAGGAGGCAGAAGGGGAAUUCAGAGAACUCCACAAGCGCAGAGGUAAGAAGCGUGCUCAGAAGAGCCCCCCUAGCUUCCAUCCUGGGCUGAUCCCUAGGUGACAGUGUGGAGAAGCUGAAGUCACCACACAUGGCUGGCAGAACCAAAAAAUGGGGCGGCUGGUAUGGAAAACUCUGUGAUGGUUCAUUAAAUGCAGAAGAAUCACUGCCUGGCCAGAUUCUGCUUGAUUAUACACCCAAAGGAAGUCAAAGCAGGGACUCAAGUAGGUAUAUUUGC